AUGCAACAAUUCCUUCGUUUUAUAUUAUUACUACUUUCAUUAAUAUCAUAUACCACUUUUGCAUUAACAAUAUCAACAACAAAAUUUCUCAAACGUGGAUCCCUCCCCUCUUCUUCUUCAUUUGAUCCCCAUGAUGCAUUUGAAGCUGCGAUUAAUUCCACAUGGUCAAUAUUUUGGAAUGACACUAACCAAGGAUUUUCCCAAUCUGAUCCAUCAUGUCCAAAUUCACAAACUUCAACCCCUUUUCAAUAUUCAGUAGUUUGGAGUGUUGCUGUUGCCGGUAUGGCAAUUGUUCAAUCGGGUGACAUUUCCAAAACCAACCAGAUCAUUACUUCAUUAUAUAAAUAUCAAAAUUCUCAAGGUUGGUUUUCUGCUACUCCUGGAGGUGGAGAAAGUUUUGUUGAUGAUAAUUGUCAAGUAUUAUGGGUUUUCAUUGAAGCUUAUGAAUUAACUAAUAAUACAAAAUAUUUAACUACUGCUAAUAAAUUAAUGGAAUUGAUUCAAGGACAAUGGUCAGAUAAAGUUGGUGGAGUUAAAUGGCAAGUUGAUGGAGAUUAUAUUGCAUCGAUUUCUACCGUUGAAGCAGCAUUAUGUGCGGUUCAAUUAUAUGAACAGAAUAAAGACGACUCUUUAUUGUCAUUUGCUAAGAAAUGUCUUUCAUGGUUAGAUGAUAAUUUAUUAGAUAAACUGGAUGGAUUUUAUUAUGAUGGAUUGAAUGUUAAUAAUAAAACCAAUAUUGAUAAAGGGAAAUUAACUUAUACUGUUGGAGUAGCAAUUUCAACUUAUUCUUAUCUUUACAAGUACACCAAUGAUGAACAAUAUGUUUUGAUAGCUACUGCCAAAGCUAAUGAAACAAUUAAAUCAACGACAUUUAUGAGAAGUAAUGGAUAUUGGAAUAAUGAUUUAAAAUAUUUACAUUUAUUAUUUGUUGGAAUUGUUGAUUUAAUAAUCAUCAUGGGCGAUGAAAAACUGGACUUUAGUAAUGAUAUAAUGAAACAAGGUGAAUUCAUUUAUAAAUAUGAUCAAUUAUCUGAAAUUGGAAAUUAUCUUGAUUUUACUGGUGUUAAACAAUUAUAUGAUCAAUAUGUUAAACAAAGUGGGGAUAAUUCAAGUAUAAAUUAUCAAUUUAAUGGUGAUGAUUAUUGUGAUGGGAGCAAUGAUUCAGGACAAAUUAAACGUUCAUUAAUGGAAAAUGCUUCAGCAGCACAAAUAUUUUAUCAAUUAAACCGACUUGAAUAA